AACACAAAUUUUAGCAACCUGAAAUUUUAGAACCUAGCACAAGUAACCCAGUUGAGCCACUCUCCAACCUCGUUAGUCAUUCCAACAAUUUUCAUUAAUGGCCAAUCCUGCAACAAAGACACAAGUAAUCUCACUCUAUAGACAAUUCUUGAGAAGUGGAAGCAAAUUUGGUGCUUACAACUUUCGAGAUUACGCCAUUCGACGGGCUAGAGAUGGAUUCCGCAGCCAUAUGAACGAGGCCGAUCCCGAGAAGAUCUCUGCUUUCAUUAAGAAGGCUGAACAAGAACUCAAAGUAGUCCAGAGACAAAGCACAAUCAGCUCCAUGUUUAACUCUGGACAGAGGUUGAUCAUUGAAGAGCAACGCAUCGUUCGUACUGCUGGUGAUAACUAAAUGGCUCAAACGGGACGCUGGUUUGAACAAAAAGACAUACCUCUCUGUUAU